AUGCAUUUUUUUAUUGUUGAUUUAUUCAAACAAUUACAGAAGGAGUACUGCAAAUUUAAAGAACUAAACAAAUAUCAACGUAUUAUUAAACUAUUUCGAGGUCAACUUAUGUCAAAGAAAGAAAUCGAAUCAUUGAAAUCAGAUUUUUACAAUCAGGCAAAUAAAUUAAUUUUCGCAAACGGUUUCUUUUCGACCACCCAAAACAAAAAAGCUGCUCAGUUUCUUGCUGGUACACCAACAGAUUCUGUUAAUAACGAUGAUCAACACGUCGUUUUAGAAAUUGAAGUUCACGUACCAUCAACAAAAUUACCAUUGGCUAACAUUUCUCAUUUAAGCGCUAACGAAGCUGAGGAAGAGAUUUUGGUUGCUCCAGGUGCUCUAUUUCUCCUGCGUAAUGUUGAAUAUAAUGAGGAUGAUUCUGUCUGGUACAUAAAACUGACACUGAUCAAUGAAGAUCAUGAACGUUUAAUAAACAGUCAAUAUAAAAGCGUAAAAAUGUCGAAUACAGUUGAAAGGCAACUUGUUGAAGUGGGACAUUUAUUAUUAAAGGACACGAAUGAUGUAAAUAGACUAAGAACAUAUUACAAUCUAAUACAACAACAUCUGUGUUUGAGUAAGGACCUCUAUUUAGUUGGCCUUGGUUGGAUCGCAUAUGAAAAUAACAACAAUCCUUUAGCACUCAAACUUCAGCAUGAUGCAUUACAGGCUUAUCAAAAGAACGCUCAAUCCAACCAACAAGCUCUAAUUGCAAGUAUCUACCAAUGUGUUGGGACAGUACAUAGAAGAUCAAAAGAGUACGAUCUAGCAUUGCAAUACUUCAACUUAGCCAUAGAACAACUAUCCACGGAUCUACUAAUGGAUCGGUUUAUUCUUAUUGAUUGUAAAAUUAACAUCGCCUGUAUUAUUAAAUUAAAAGGCGAUUUUCAUUUAGCUUGGGAAAAGUGUAAAGAAUUGGCAAUUAUGAGUAGUAAUCAGACAGGACACUUUGAUUUUCGUCACAUUUAUAAUAAAAUAGCAUCAACCGAUUCAAAUGACAAUAGUCGGACGGAUUUCGACCUUGAUUAUUGUUAUAACUGGGAGAAAUUUGUCGAUUUUUGUGCAGACAAUAUUUCAGGUUAUUAUGACAUUAUUUCGAAUGCAUAUAAAAAAAUAGCUAAUAUUUAUUUUUACAAAAAAUCAGAUGACUUAGCAGUUGAAUUGCUCAAAAAGGCGGUCGAAGUUAAAAUGAAAUAUCAACCAAACGAUGUCUACUUUAUUGCUUUUUGUAUUAAUGAUAUCGUAAAGUAUUAUAAAAAUAAAAAAUAUUACGAUAUGGUAGUCUGUUUUUACCAGCAACUAAUUGAAGUCAAUAUGAAAGUAUCAGAAGAAGGUGAAGACUCGCUAUGUAUUAUACGGACAUAUAUAGAUAUUGCCGACACGUAUCAUGAAAAAAUUGAGUUAGAGCACGCAGUUGAAUUGUACAAGGCAGCAAUUAAGCUCUUGGUGGCAAAAGAGAAGACUUCUCACUUGCUCAUAUCAUGUUACGCAAAAAUGGCAGACGUUUAUUAUGAAUAUGGAACUUUGAAUUUAGCUCUUAAUUCAUAUGCAAAAGCAAUCGAAAUGUUGGAAAGUAACAGAAGCGACGAAAUGUCGACAAAAAAAUGUUGUUAUGAAAAGAUGGCUAUUAUUCAUGAAAAGAAAGGCAACUCGGAACAAGCAAGUGUUUGUCGUCAAAAAGCUAUCGAGACUACUUUAUCAUUAGACCAGUUUUCAACAUCGUUUAACGUUCAAACGACAGAAAAGAAAAACUCAACGACUGAUACACAAUCGUGUUUAUUGAUAGAUAAUCAACAAAAAGCAAAUGGUAAGAGAGAACGAAGAUGUCCGAUAGUCGAUUUAUUGAAGCAGGGAUAUUCAUUUUAG